AUGACCCACUACUUACAGGAGUGGAUAAACCUCAGUCCUCCUCUGAGAAUAGCCGCCGCAAUUGCACUAGCCGUCGGUGACCUUGCAGAACGCACAGAAAGCCCGCGUACAGUUCGGUAUAUCAGCUACUGCCUGAUCAAUCAACGACAAAACUGUGUACCUCCAUACAAUAUUCCAAGCCAAGCGGUCUCUGUGUACCAUUCAGUCUCCGGCCAAUAUCUAAGCAUCGACCUCGCCAUCCCUGCUCUGAGCGAUCAGGGUAAUAGCCAAGUCCAUCAGAACGAUUUCAUUCCCAUCGCGCAAAAGAUUCGCUCGUGUUACUGCGAUAUUCGCGAAGACAAGGACCAUGUCAACCUCGUUCCAGCAUACUGGGCAAUGUCGACCUCGACUCCAGGACCCGAUCCCUCUGUAGCCCCAGCACGCAACGAGACACCUUCUGCGUCGAUCUCUAGCAUGGGCGUGCUCGACAACAUUGUACAGCAUCGCUAUGGGAGUUUCACCGUGGGACGUCCCUGGGUAACUGGGGAAGAAUUGGGGACCGGGCUGGGGCUUUUCCUGGAUACGUGGAAAGGCAAGUAG